AUGGCCCUAUGUGUGCGCUUUAUAGAUUCAGAGAGUGACGAGAUACACGAGGAGUUCCUCGGGUUCUCCCAAUGCGAGUCUACCACUGGAGAGGCAUUAGCUAAUGCAUUCAUUGAAAACCUCACUAAAUUAGGUGUCAAAACGGAUCAAAUGCGUGGCCAGGGGUACGACGGUGCCAGCAAUAUGUCGGGCAUACAUCGUGGAGUGCAGGCGAGGAUUCGAUCCCUCAUACCAGAGGCGAUAUACACCCAUUGCAAAGCGCAUUGUUUGAACCUCGCCAUCAUCCAUGCAUCCAAAGAGGUUUAUGCCAGAAACCUUAUGAGUACGGUGCAACAGGUGGCAUUCGCCUUUAAUUAUUCCGCAAAACGCUUACUUCAAUUCCAAGAAACGCUUGCAGGAGAUGAUGUCAGCAGGGAAGGCAUGGCGGAGCGAACGCGACUCCGAUCACUUUGUGAGACUCGCUGGUCAGCACGUGCGGACGCUUUGCACACAUUCCUUGUAUCAUACAGGACCGUGGUAACGACACUCGACCGACUUGCCGAUGAAGGGGAUACGAAGGCUGCGGCGGAGAGAAAUGACGAUGAAGUCUGGAACAGCCUGUUUCAGAAAGCGGUGGACAUUGCUGGUGACGUUGAAGUCAUACCCGCCGCUCCCAGACGUUAUGGUCGUCAACAAAAUCGACCGAACGCCCCAGGCAAUACGUCCGAAUUUUGGAAGAGAAACAUGUAUUUGCCUUUCGUCGACCACUUGCUGGUAGAAUUAGAAACACGCUUGAUGCAGGGCCAUGGUCGGUUCUGUGCCCAAAAGCUUCUUCCAUUGAAGAUUCAGAAUGACGGUCUUCCCCGGGAGAGUAUCAAUGACGUGUACCAAGCCUUCCAAGCAUGCCUAGAUGUGGAUGAAACCAUUUUUGUCCGUGAGUGUGAGCGGUGGCGUAUGUGGUGGACGGACGCGACGUUGGCGGUUAACCGUCCAGCUGCCCCGGCGUCUCUAGCGGAAUCAAUUACGCUUGCAAGCAAAGCCCUUUACCCAAGCAUACGACACUGUCUCACCCUUUUAAUGGUCAUGCCGGUGUCUACGGCAACAGCCGAACGGUCGUUUUCGGUAAUGAGAAGGGUCAAGACAUACCUAAGAAGUACGAUGGGUACUGAGCGCCUGUCAGGUCUUGGUCUCAUGAAUGUAUACAGAGACAGAGAAAUCAGUGCCGAACGCGUUGUCGACAAGUUUGCUAACCAGCAAAACAGACGCCUUGUCUUUGUGUUCAAGGUUUAA